AACUUUUUUGUGACACUUCAAAUCUCAAGAUGAGUACGAUGGAGCCUGUGUUUUGGGCUCUCUGUAUAUCCAUCCUGGUCAGAGAUUAUGUAAGUGCGGUGCAACACAAUUAUGAAAUUUCAGCUGCAGAUCAUUGCUGUUGUACAAGUGCAGCUGCAGAUCAAUGCUGUUGCGCAAGUGCAGAUCAAGACCAUUGUGCACUGGGACAGAAUAUUGGAAUCAUAGAUCUAAUGCUACAUGACCCUCGCUUUGUUGCUGUGAGAAAAGGCUGGAAUAUAAGCAUUGAAUGCAGAAACAAGAAUGCCCUAGAGAACAGCAGUUUCUCAUGGAGUCUCACACAUUCAAAUGGUUCAGUCACCAAUUGCUUACCAGAUUCUUACAUAUCAAUGCAUGAAAACUACCUGAUACUUACCAAGAUCCAGAAACACCACAGUGGCACCUACUUCUGUAAAUUUAAUACAAGUGAAGGAGAGAAGACAUCACCCUGUGGAACUGAGCUGGUAGUGGUGGAUUGUGGGAAUCCGGUUGCUGCAAAAUCACGAAACACAAUGAAAGAUGCAAUCAUAAUGAUACAAACAAUCCUUAUUGUGCUCUUUCUACUUGUGCCUGGGAUAAUGCUAAUGGAAAUGAAUAAGAAGCGCAGUAUGAAGAUUGAGGACCAUACAUAUGAGGGACUUGAAGCAUAUCAGACAGCAACCUACGAGGAUAUUCAAAAUGUUCGUGUUCUUUCAGCUAAAAGCAUGGAGGCAGAACACCCAUGUGUUCAGUAGAAGCUAGCGUCGCUGGAUUUUCUGUCACGUUAUCUCUAAAUGGAGAAAUUAGCCUCACUACAUAAAACCUGAUUUGUACAGUACCUGAAUACACAGAUUAGGGCUUCAAUCCUGGCUGUGAACUCUACAUUGCUUGGUAAC